ACCUUUCUAAGAAGGAUGGCAGCUUUUCCGAUCUCCUAUAGAAGCAGCUCAAAUUGGAAUGAAACAGAAUUUCGAAACUUUAUUGUUUGGCUUGAAGACCAGAAAAUCAGACACUACAAGAUUGAAGACAGAGGUAAUUUAAGAAACAUCCACAGCAGUGAAUGGCCCAAGUUCUUUGAAAAGUAUCUCAGAGAUGUUAACUGUCCUUUCAAGAUUCAAGAUCGACAAGAAGCCAUUGACUGGCUUCUUGGUUUAGCUGUUAGACUUGAAUAUGGAGAUAAUGCUGAAAAAUACAAGGACCUAGUACCUGAUAAUUCAAAAAAUGCUGACAAUGCAACUAAAAAUGCGGAACCAUUGAUCAAUCUGGAUGUAAAUAAUCCUGAUUUUAAGGCUGGUGUGAUGGCUUUGGCUAACCUCCUUCAGAUCCAGCGUCAUGAUGAUUACCUGGUAAUGCUUAAGGCAAUUCGCAUUUUGGUUCAGGAGCGCUUGACACAGGAUGCAGUUGCUAAAGCAAAUCAAACAAAAGAGGGCAUGCCUGUUGCUUUAGACAAACAUAUUCUUGGUUUUGACACAGGAGACGCAGUUCUUAAUGAAGCUGCUCAGAUUCUGCGAUUGCUGCACAUAGAAGAGCUCAGAGAGCUGCAGACAAAAAUUAAUGAAGCCAUAGUAGCUGUUCAGGCAAUUAUUGCUGAUCCAAAGACAGACCACAGACUGGGGAAAGUUGGAAGAUGAACACUUCUGGAUUUCAGCUUCUUACCUACUUAGCACAGUUUGGGAACCAUGUACACUUUUGGCAUGUGUUUGGAAAUCAAAUGUCACAUUUUCAAGGGAAGAAUCCCAGAAAAUUGACCUUGUUGUAGAGAUUCACCACCAUUACUUUUUUCCUUAAUAAAGUUUGGGAAAGUGGAA